AUGGAGCAGGCUAUCUUUGAUGUUGUUUUGCAUGGACAUAUUGAUUUCUCUUCCGAGCCCUGGCCUUCAAUAUCCAGUAGUGGUAAAGAUCUCAUCAAGAAGAUGUUGAGGGUUGAUCCAAAGGAAAGACUAUCAGCAGCCGAAGUCCUCAGCGUGGAUGGAAAUGGAACAAUCGACUACAUAGAGUUCAUCACAGCGACCAUGCACUUGAAUAGAAUGGAAAGAGAGGAUCAUUUGUACAAGGCCUUUGAAUAUUUCGACAAGGACAAGAGCGGGUACAUCACUACGGAAGAGUUGGAGCAUGCGUUCAAGCAAAUACAACAUGACUGAUCCCAGAACAAUAAAGGAGAUAAUUGCACAAGUAUACACCGACAAUGAUGGAAGAAUCAAAUACGACGAGUUUGCAUCCAUGAUGAGAAAAGGAAGUCCAGAGUUGGUCCCCAACAGACGGCGCAAAUAAGCUGAUAGUGUCCAUCUGAGAUCCAUGCUUGACGACCACUUCAGAUUUUGUCAUGCGAUCAUACGAUAGUUUCCCUUUGGGGUGUCCAGGGGUGAAAAAUGGAAGGGGGUUGCGGGGAAUGCAUUAGGAAUGAGAGUGUCGUUGUUGUUGAGAGAAGAGUGUGUUUGUUUUAGUUGUUCGGUUGUUCAACUUGCGAGUUAAUACAGA